AUGUUCGGUUUGGUAUUGGCAUCUCCUCUACUUGUUUCCUGCCGAUAUGCUUCCACUGCCACCACUAAGAUAAGCCCAGAGGCUGCAAUCAAAGAGAUUGCGCGGGAUGCAUCUACCCUGCAUCAAUCAAACACGGUGGCCUCCAACGAGGUGGUUGUAGAAUUGCUACAUCGAUGCCAGCGGGUCGCCGAGUCUCUUGUCUCUCGGGAACGGGAUCAAAGUGAGGAAUCCUCAAAGGGCGAGGGCAGCGCGAUCUCUUCUUUGCUGAACCUAGAGGAGAAGCAAACCGCCUCGAAGAGCAAAGGCAAACCAAAAUCCUCACAACACCCGGACCCACGACUGACAGAUUCAGUCUCGCAAAUCGCUGUUGGCCUUUUGAAGGACGAGAAGGUCUUCAUUUCACCUGAAGCUUUAGCCUCCUGCACCGAGACCCUGACCCUGCUGCGACGGGCUGAGCACUUCCCUGAAAUCUUCCAACUUUACGCCUACAAGCCUGUCCCAGAGGAGGGCAGCUCACCAGUGAAGUUGCUGAAGGCCAAUCCCAAGAGUAUCAACAGCGCCGUUCCGGCGAGAUUGGCUAACAUGGCUCUUGGGGUCGCCAUUGCACAGAAGAACCUCUCGCUCGUGCUAGCCAUCAUCGACAACACGUUCUGCGCCCCCGCCUUCCACCGCGCGAAGAUCUUCAAGAAAGCCGGUGUCCCUAUAAUUGGUCUUACAGCUGCCCCGGCUGCUUGCUAUGCUCUCGCAUCAUGGGCUGCUACAUUCCAGAACACAAUGGAUCCUAACGUCGCGACGGGAAUUGCGUUCGCCGCUACGUUAGCUUACGUUGGUGGUACAGCUUCCAUGGGCAUCUUGGCCAUUACCACUGCUAACGACCAGAUGGAGCGAGUGGUCUGGAUUCCUGGUAUCCCUCUACGGCAAAGAUGGUUGCGCGAGGAAGAGCGCGCGGCCAUGGAUAGAGUUGCUGUCGCGUGGGGUUUCACGGAUCCCUACAUGAGAGGCGAGGAGGUUGGUGAAGAGUGGGAAAGUCUUCGUGAGUUCAUUGGCAUGCGGGGCAUGAUUCUGGACAAGACCGAAUUGAUGGAAGGCAUGCAGUAG